AUGGUGAUUGGAGGAGUGGUGGGUGGCAUUGUCGGAUUCCUGCUGCUGUUGGGAUUGGCCCUAUUUCUGUGGUUCUCUCGCAGGAAAAAGCCCGGGUCCAAUACGAGAAACACCAAAAGCCCUUCUCCGCGGACAUCGACUAGAACAUCGCCGACAAGGUCUCCCAUCAAACCUUCUCCAACGAAGCCCUCACCAACAACCCGAGCAUUCCCAUCGGCACCCGCAGAUAGACUCCCUCCCAGCAGACAAUCACCCAUAUCACCCCUGCUCAGCGGGCGCUCCCCAACUGCUACGACGAUUCACUCCGCCCGCUCGAUCACCGCUUCAAACACAAUCAGUAGCUCCUCGACCCUGGCAAUCUCCCCCUUGACCGUCUUCGACAGGUCCCUGUCCAUCAACAGAAGCGGAACAGGAUGCAGUACCGUCUCUGAGAAGAAGCUCCCUCCCCUCCCCCAACACCCAGCACCGCGCCCCCCGACUGAGCUCCCGGACACGGGGUUCUACCGGCAACGAGUCGAGCUUGCCGCCUGUCCUUCGCGCGAGCUGAUCAAUCGGUUCGACCCGCGCCGCCAGCUCUCAUCCGAGAUCAAUGAUUUCGAAGACGAACGGCAGGAUGGCACGGUUGGAGCAGGCGGUCCGCCGCGCACGGGUCCGGUCGUCACGGCGGAUGGUGUAGUGCUGACGGCCAACUUUGAACGGACGUCAUGCGGGGACGAGGUCCUGGGCAGCUCCGGUGACAGUGGUCCGGCACAUGUGAUGAGCUUCAUGCAGUAUGACCCCGAGUGGAACGAGGUGCAGCCGGCGUAUCACCCUUCCUGGGGGAGGGAGACCGCGAAGUUGGAGAAGAUCGAGGAAUCGUGA